CUCACGCAUGCGCCGUGGAGGCGUUGCUGCAGAGCGCUCGGCGAAGAGAAGCGACGCUGCCAAGGAACCACACAUGAAUACAUAGGAGAAGCCCCGAUUUCGGCACCUAGUUAGUCAUCCACUCUGAACCACCUCUCGAUAAUCCAUCGAUAAUUAUGGCACCACUCCUAAAUGCCGGUGGUUCCUAAAAUGCCCAGGGUAUAGCACUGAAUAUUCGCUCAUCGUCGCAUCGGAUAAGUCUGAAAGGGGCAACUACAGUAGCUGGUGGUGUGUGCGUGUGCAUAGCUUGAGGGAAUCAUGCCGCUGGUGAAACGAAGCAUCGAGCCAAGACACUUGUGCCGGGGGGCAUUACCUGAGGGAGUGUCCAGUGAGCUGGAGUGUGUGACCAACAGCACGCUGGCAGCCAUUAUCAAACAGCUCGGGGGGCUCAGCAGACAUGCAGAGGACAUCUUUGGGGAGCUGUUCAAUGAAGCUAACAGCUUUUAUAAGCGUAUGAGCAGCUUGCAAGAGAAAGUGGACCUACUGGCAGUCAAGGUUACACAACUGGACUCCACUGUCGAGGAGGUGUCGCUGCAGGACAUCAAUAUGAGGAAGGCCUUCAAGAGUUCCACCAUCCAGGAUCAGCAGGUGGUCUCCAGGAACUCCAUCCUGAACUCAGUCAUGGAGAUGUACCAACGCUGUGAUAAGCCGCCUCCUCUCAACAUCCUCACGCCGUACAGGGACGAUAAGAAGGACGGUCUCAAGUUUUACACGGACCCCUCUUACUUCUUCAACCUCUGGAAGGAGAAGAUGCUGCAAGCCACAGAGAACAAGAGGAAGGAGAAGAGGAGGCAGAAGCAAGAGCAGAAGCACCUUGAAGACCCAACUCGAGAGGUGAAGAAGGUGCGGAAGGCUCGUAACCGCCGGCAAGAGUGGAACAUGAUGGCCUACGACAAGGAGUUCCGCCCGGACACUCGCCUCACACCGUCUCCAUACCACGGCAUAUCCUCAGAAGGCUCCUUGUCCCCUGACAGGUCUGCCAUGUCGGACGAACACUCCUACCCUGCUAGUCCUAGCCACCCUCAAGAGGCUGGUGGAGCAGGGACUGAUGGGAAGGAGGCGGGCCCCACCCAGACUCAGUCUCUGGACCGCGCCUAUCGUCCGCCGGCCUCGGCUGCCACUGCUCGGCAACACUCUCUGGGGCGUGUGCAGCAGCACCAUGGAGCUCCGCCUCCAGACUCCUCCCUUAACGGCCCACGACCUGCAGCUGCCAAAGAUUACAGUGGCCAUCAGAUGCCAGAGCACUUCAUCCCUCCUGCACCCCCUCCACCUCCCCCGCUCAUCCCCUCUGCUCAAACUGCCUUUGACAGCACCUCGGCGCCGCCCGCCCUUGCUCCUGGCACUGUGGGGGCCCUUUCGCGCUCAUAUAGCCCCUCCCCUCCCCCUGCCCCACCCUCGGCGUACACUCCUUCCCCGUCCCAUCCCGUGACAGGUGGCCCUCCAGUAGCCCCACCUCCUCCCCCGCCGGGACCGCCCACCCAUGCCCUGUCCCCGGCCAGGGUCACCGCCCACCCGUGCGGAGAGGCCACGCUGACCAGAAAGGGCCAGGUGCCCAUUAUCCCCAUGAGCGACGCCCGCAGUGACCUGCUGGCUGCCAUCCGCAGAGGCAUCCAGCUGCGUAAGGUCCAGGAGCAAAGAGAGCAGGAGGCUAAGAAGGAGCCGGUGGGCAAUGACGUGGCCACCAUCCUGUCCCGCCGCAUUGCCGUGGAGUACAGCGAGUCGGACGAGGACUCUGAGCCCGAGGAAAAUGAGUGGUCCGACUGAGGCGGGCGGC